AUGAGAGGGUAUCGUGCCUGCGGGAAAAACCCCCAAAGGCGGGCGGAGAAACCUGUACCCUUCAAGGAUGGGUUUUCUCCCCCCUGGGGCCAAAAAGGGGAGAGCCCGGGGCGCGGGGGUUUGGAUGACCCGCCUAACCCUCUGUUCACCCUCCCCCGGUAUGACCCCACACCUCUUCUCCCACCCUCUCCUCGGUCCUUGGAUGCUGGCCCCGGACGCGCUGGUUGCGGGCCUGGCCCGCAUACAAUGGAAAAGCUGAGGCAGGAAGGAAACGGGGACCGGCAGUUGCGAGCUCGAAUUUUCAGGUGCGCAAGCUCGGAGAUAGAGGGCCUGACCAAUGGGAACGUCAAACUUGGCGCCGCCUUGAGGCUGGAGGCAGAAGGUCGCCUCCCUCCCCCCAGUCCCCUACUCCCGGGCCCUUGGGAACCACGGAGGCUGGCUGCAGCCCACUCCCCACGUUCACGGGCGGCGGCCCUCGGAAUGUAA